AUGUCUGUUGUUGGUAGUUUAAUUUUCUGUUUGGAUUGUGGUAACUUGCUAGAUGCUGCCACCAGUGACAAAUCCAUAACGUGUGGUGAUUGUGAAAGAUCUUAUAAUGCUAAAGAUUUUGCCAACCUAAAGGUUGUUACCACCUCAUCUGAUGAUGCAUUUCCAUCUGCUUUGAGAUUAAAGAAAUCUACUGUGAAGACUACUUUGAAGAAUGAUGAAUUAGGAGAAGGUGCUACAAUUAAAGAAAAAUGUCCACAAUGUGGUAAUGAUGAAAUGCAAUAUCAUACAUUACAAUUACGUAGUGCAGAUGAAGGUGCUACUGUCUUUUAUACAUGUGCUAAAUGUGAUUACCGUUUCAGAACUAAUAAUUGA